GAGAGAGAAGAAUUUGAAGAAAAUGGAUGUGCCCAAAUAAUGGGUAACAACAAGAGAUCAAAAAAGGAAGUUAAAAAUAAUGUUGCUCAAACUUUACCUUCACCAACUCUUGUGAGGAUGAAAAGAAGUGAUCAAGCAAGUGGGAGUAAAGUCAUUUGCAAACCUCAUGACCUCAAAAAAAAUGGAGGCCAAGAAAGAAGAUUUGCACACUUCUGAGUUAAACAUAGAUUUGAAACCCCACAAAGUGGGAAAUGAAGUGAAGUGUUUGAAGAAGAAGCCAACAUUUCCAGCUCAAGAAGCAAGAAUGAUAAAUAAUGAAAAAGCUUCAAUUUUUAAAUCACAAAUAAAAAAUCCUUCUUUUUUGGUUACAAUAGGACCUGCAUACCUUCAUACUGGCAGGGGUCAUGUGUGUAUUCCAGCAAAAUUUGGAAAUGUUCAUUUGAGGGAGAUCAAAGAAUUCAAUCUUCAAGUUUUAAAUGGAAAUUAUGGUUGGAAGGUUAAGUGUGUCAACCGUUGGUAUUCUCAUAUUCAAAGAUUUGAAAUCGGGACUGGAUGGAGGAUAUUUGCCAGAGAUAAUAACUUGAAAGAAGAUAGGAUGCCAAUUUGGAUUAAGCACAUGAUUUCGGAGCUUCUUUUGGAUGAUGUUCAUAAUAUUGAUGCUCUGAUGUGA